AAACGGUUUGGGUCUGCGUGGUAUCUUCAACAGCACAUCGCCGCUAUGCAUUCUGACAGUCUCGAUUACCCCUGCGAUAUUUGCAAACAGAGAUUUAAAACGCGGAAGCGCAUGCGCAUCCACGUGCGACAGAAACACGAGGGCUACGUUCUCCCGAAGAACAAAGUGUGCGAGAUCUGCGCCAAGGCUUUCACCAGCAAGAAAAUGCUAGAAGAGCACAUGAAUUCUCACACCGGCGCCAGGCCGUACGUGUGUACCACAUGCGGGGCCACGUUCGGAUACGCGAGUGCAUUAUACACGCACAACAGACUCAGGCAUAAAGUCGGGAAAAUUAGAGAUAGAGAACAAAAUGUACAAAAUUAAAUAAUUUAAAAAAAAGACUA